GUCGGAGCUCUACAACUCUGCCAGCAGUACCUCUUCCUCAGUUUCACAAUAAUGGCAGGCAUUUUUGAGCAGCCGCGGAAUGCGGACACUCUCUUCUUGGGUGGGCAGAAAAUCACCGGCCCUGAUGUUCGGGAGCAGAACGUGCUUGCGACGCAAGCUAUUGCAAAUGUCGUCAAGAGCUCCUUCGGCCCCUCGGGUCUCGACAAGAUGAUGGUGGAUGAUAUAGGAGAUGUCACUGUUACCAACGAUGGUGCGACGAUUCUUAGUCUUCUUGAUAUUGAGCAUCCUGCGGGUAAGAUUCUCGUAGAUCUCGCUCAGCAGCAGGAUAAGGAGGUCGGAGAUGGAACCACGUCUGUCGUUCUGAUCGCCGCAGAACUCCUACGACGAGGCAACGAAUUGAUGAAGAACCGUAUACAUCCUACCACCAUCAUCAACGGCUACAGACUUGCGCUCAGAGAAGCUGUCAAGUAUAUGAAUGAGAAUAUCACUACAAAGGUCGAGACGCUGGGGAAGGACAGCCUGGUGAACAUUGCUAAGACUUCUAUGUCUUCCAAAAUUAUCGGAUCGGAUGCGGACUUCUUUGCGAAUAUGGUUGUUGAUGCGAUGCUGUUGGUGAAGACUACAAACCAGAGGAACGAGGUCAAGUACCCCGUCAAGGCAGUCAACCUUCUUAAGGCUCACGGGAAAAGUGGUACGGAGUCAAUGCUUGUCAAUGGCUAUGCUCUUAACUGCACUGUGGCUUCUCAGGCCAUGAAGACCCGUAUUACCGAUGCAAAGAUCGCUUGUCUGGACAUGAACCUGCAGAAGGAGAGAAUGAAGCUUGGUGUACAGAUCACUGUUGAUGAUCCUGACCAGCUAGAGAAGAUUCGCGAGAGGGAAGCCGGUAUUGUCAUUGAGCGUGUUGAGAUGAUUCUUAAGUCUGGGGCAAAUGUCAUUUUCACUACCAAGGGUAUCGAUGACAUGGUCUUGAAGCUGUUCGUUGAGAGGGGAGCAAUGGCCGUCCGCCGCUGCAAGAAAGAGGAUCUCCGACGCAUUGCCAAGGCUUCCGGUGCGACAUUGGUCAGCACGCUCUCUGACCUCAACGGAGAUGAGAAAUUCGAGGCCUCGUACCUCGGCCAUGCGGAGGAAGUUGUGCAGGAGCGGAUAUCCGAUGAUGAAUGUAUCCUUGUCAAGGGUACCAAGGUUCACACCUCAGCUUCUAUCAUUCUCCGUGGACCCAAUGACUUCAGCUUAGAUGAGAUGGAGCGUUCGGUGCACGACUCUCUGUGUGCUGUUAAGCGAACCCUCGAGAGUGGUAGCAUCGUUCCCGGUGGUGGUGCUGUCGAGACGGCCCUUCAUAUUUACCUCGAAGAAUUCGCGGUCACAGUAGGCUCCCGGGAGCAGCUCGCCAUCGGUGAAUUUGCUCAGUCCCUUCUGAUUGUUCCGAAGACCCUGGCUGUAAACGCUGCUAAGGACUCGUCCGAACUUGUUGCCCAGCUUCGUGUCCGCCACGCUCUGUCCCAACGCGUGCAGGAUGGUGACGCCAAUGAGGAGGAGAAGGCCAUCGCUAAGAAGAAGACAUACCGGAACUACGGUCUCGACCUAACGAAGGGUCGUGUGCAUGAUACCCUCAAGGCCGGUGUGUUGGAGCCCAGUAUGGGCAAGAUCAAGCAGCUCAAGAGUGCUGUUGAGGCCUGCAUUGCCAUCAUGCGUAUCGAUACCAUGAUCAAGCUGGACCCAGAGGUGAAGGAGGAUGACGGACAUGGCCACUAAUCUGACCUUUUAAGGUUGUUUGCAUGCUAUCUACGUGUUUCCACAUGGAGUUCUUAGACUAAGGAUGAAGAAAAGUAUAAUAAGAUGGUAUGAGCACAUAAUCUUUUUUUUCACGAAAGGACCAACUUGUCUACUCCUGGCUUCAUAAAGGAGUGUAAUCGGCACAUAGGAU